AUGAUGCUCACGACACUGCGACGAGUAACAUGUCGUGUCACCACUGCUGGAAUUGCAGUACCAUGGGUAGCGGCUAAAUUGGCGAUUGCAGCGCCAUCCUUGCCUUCCGCUGUCCUAACAUCCUCGUCAACGCUUUCGCUGCAGCAUUCGCGCUGCACCUCCUCGAGCAGCAAGGUUUCGAAGCGCAAGAUCAAGUCAAAUGCAGCUGAAGGUGUGGGCGCCGCCGUGGACGAGGUUCUUGCCGACACCACAUCAACGGUCUCGACUCUGAUCUCAAGCGAGGACAUCGACGCUGAGCUCGACGCUCAAGCUCUGCCCUCAAUCGUCCUCCGACCAUACCAAGAAGAAGCGAUUGAGGCAUGCCUUUCGGCCCUGGAUCGCGGCUUACGGCGUAUCGGAGUAUCUUCCCCGACUGGAAGUGGCAAGACGACAAUGUUCAUGAACCUCAUUCCGCAGGUCAAGCUCGAGGACCAGAAGCGUACACAGACGCUGAUCUUGGUGGGAAGCGUGGAGCUCGCCCUUCAAGCUGAGGGGGCUGCUAAGCGCAUACUCGGAGACCAGUGGAGCGUAGAGGUCGAGCAAUCCAAGCGAAUUGCGAGUGGCAAUGCCGAUGUUACAAUUGCCACAUACCAGACCCUCAGCAACCCAGAGCGGCUGAAAAAGUUUGAUCCGUCCCGGUUCAAGCUUGUCAUUGUCGACGAGGCACACCACGCUGCAGCUCUCUCUUACCUUCGCCUGUUGCACUACUUCAACGACGCUGUAGAGCUACCUCAGGUCACGGGACCUUACUCUACCUUUGACCACGGCGACAAGGUGCCUGUUAUUGGCUUCAGUGCGACCUUUAGCCGUCACGACCAGCUGGCGUUGAAUGCGGCGUUUGAGGAGAUCGUGUUCCACCGCGACGUGGGUCUCAUGCUCAAGGAGGGAUGGCUAUCGCCCGUCAAGUCGACUGCGGUCUAUGCAGACCUCGACCUUGAGACUGUUAACACCAAUGGCACCGGUGACUUCAACGCAAACUCCCUUGCCAAACACGUCAACACGGAGGCGACGAACCUGCUUCUCGUCAGGACAUGGCUCCACCAAGCCAGCAAGCAGCGUCGCUCCACCUUGGUAUUUGCCGUCAACCUUGCCCAUGUCCGUGAUCUCGUGGACACCUUCCGGCUCGCAGGAGUGGAUGCCCGCUCCAUCUCGUCGCAUACCGCCCCGGCAGAGCGCAAGGCCACCAUCGCCGCAUUUGCCAAUGGCGAAUUCCCCGUCCUUGUAAACUGCGAGGUCUUGACGGAGGGGGCGGACAUCCGUGAGAUUGACUGCAUCGUGCUCGCUCGUCCGACGAAGAGCAAGAACCUCCUCGCACAGAUGGUCGGUCGUGGCCUACGCCUAUCGCCCGAGACGAACAAGGAAAACUGUCACCUCAUUGACCUUGUGGACAACAUUACUCGCAGCGGUGGUCUUGCAGUGGACCCAACGUUGUUGGGACUGAGAUACGAAGAUGGGGUCCGCGAGGACCCUGAAGAUGAUGCCAGGACCGAUGAUUAUGGAGAUGAACCACCCUCAUCGACCAACGCGCGCAAUAGUCAAGGGGCCACUGUGAAGAAGGUGACCCUGGUGGACAUUGAUGACCCCUUUGGUCUGAACGUUCGGGGCAAGACGGCAGUGGCCGCAAUGUCGCCCAACGCAUGGGUGAACUGUGGCAAUGACCGCUACGUGCUGGACAUUAUGAUGUACGGGGCCGUCCUCGUUGACUUCGGAGGCGAGCUUUGGGACAUCACGUUUGAGCCUCCCAAACCCAUCCGCAGCAGUGGCGACAAGUACUUCAAGACCGUCAGGAUACCCAUUGCACAGGCGGAUACACUUGAGCGGGCCAUCCAGAGUGCAGAGAAGUAUGUCUCGCACAAAGUCAGCCCCGAACAGUCCAAAAUGUUCUUGCGUUCGGCUCCGUGGCGUACAAAGAAGGCCACUGACAAGCAAUUGGCCUCCCUCUGCAAACAGCUCAAGAUGGUCAAAAAGAAGGUCGCAGGAACUGGGGCUGGGGAGGCUGAGGACGAGGUCAAGGAGGUCAUGAUUGCCGGACAGCUCGUCCCGACCGACAAGCUAAAUGCAGGUCAAGUGAACGCGCUGUUCACGGGCAUGUCAUACGGAGCCAGGGGACAGCGGCGCAAGAUUGACGACGCGGAAGCAAGGGCUGAGGCCAAGGCGCGCAGGAAGGAAGAGAAGGCACAAGCGCUGGCGGCGCGCAACUUGCCGCUGCCAUCUGCAUAG